GGUUUAAAACUGUUUUCCUUUAUUUGCCAGCCAACAACAUCUGCUUCUAUGGAGAGUGCUCCUACUACUGCUCAACAGAGCACGCCCUGUGUGGAAAACCAGAUCAGAUCGAAGGGUCUCUGGCUGCUUUCCUACCUGAUUUGUCUUUAGCUAAAAGGAAAACCUGGAGAAACCCUUGGAGACGUUCCUACCACAAGCGCAAGAAAGCAGAAUGGGAAGUUGAUCCAGAUUAUUGUGAAGAGGUUAAACAAACACCCCCGUAUGACAGUGGGACCAGAAUUCUGGAUAUAAUGGAUAUGACAGUUUUUGAUUUCCUAAUGGGUAACAUGGAUCGACAUCACUAUGAAACCUUUGAGAAGUUUGGAAAUGAAACAUUUAUUAUCCACUUAGAUAAUGGAAGAGGGUUUGGAAAAUACUCCCAUGAUGAACUUUCCAUAUUGGUGCCUUUAAACCAGUGCUGCAGAAUAAGGAAGUCUACCUAUCUGCGAUUACAGUUGUUAGCCAAGGAGGAAUACAAACUCAGUCUCUUGAUGAAGGAAUCUUUACUAAAAGAUAAAAUAGCUCCCAUUCUCUACCAGCCUCACUUGGAGGCGAUGGACAGGCGGCUGCGGAUUGUCCUCAAGGCUGUUAGUGACUGUAUAGAAAAGGAUGGUUAUGACAAUGUGGUUGAAAAUGACUUUAACACUGAUGUUAACACUGUUACGACCGAGAGGUAGUGAAAUCGCAAGACUACGUUUUUACCAGCCAAGUAAAGAAGAUUCAAAGAGGAAAAAAAAAAAA